GAAUUGACGUUUCUUUAUUUUGUUGUAGUUUUUCCAUUUCGAUCGAACACGAAUUACGUAAGGAAUAAGCAUAUUGUUGGUGUAAAAUCAUGUCGUUUUACCUAAAAAGAGCCCUAGGGGCCGGUUGCAACGUGGGCCGAGUAGUUUUGCAAAACACGCGGACCCCAGUGGUGCAGCGCGUGGCGACGAAGGCGGACCAGGCGGGCGCGGCGGAGACCCGGCCCACCGUCGCCAAGUACGACCCGCUGCAGAAGUCGCAGCUCGUGGACUUCGGCAAGUACGUGGCGGAGUGCAUGCCCAAGUUCGUGCAGAAGGUGCAGAUCACGUCGGGCAACGAGCUGGAGGUGCUGGUACCGCCCGAGGGCGCGCUGCCCGUGCUCACGUUCCUCAAGGACCACCACGCCGCGCAGUUCGCCAGCCUCGUGGACAUCGCGGGCAUGGACGUGCCGGCGCGCGCGCACCGCUUCGAGAUCAUCUACAACCUGCUGUCGCUGCGCUACAACGCGCGCAUCCGCGUCAAGACCUACACGGACGAGCUGAGCCCGCUCGACUCCGCCAACGAGGUGUUCAAGGCCGCCAACUGGUACGAGCGCGAGAUCUGGGACAUGUACGGAGUGUUCUUCGCCAACCACCCUGACCUCAGGAGGAUCUUGACCGACUACGGCUUUGAAGGACAUCCAUUCAGAAAGGACUUCCCCCUCAGUGGGUAUGUGGAGGUGAGGUAUGAUGAUGAGCAGAAGCGCGUGGUUGUGGAGCCACUGGAGCUGGCGCAGGAGUUCCGCAGGUUCGAGCUGGAGGCUCCGUGGGAGCAGUUCCCAAACUUCCGCGGCAACCCCGUGGAGGACGUCACCCCGGGCGCCGGAGACAAACCCAAGGAAUAAACUAAGAUUAAACAUUUUUUGUAAAUAGCUAAUUAUUAUAACAGAUUAAUAAAUCAACACAAAAAAUUA